AUGUCGAUUUACUCACUUUUGAGAGAUGGCGAACAGUUUACAGAAACGACUAGCAGCUCUGACUAUAAUAGUAGAAUUGAUACUUAUUCGAAAGCUACAUUAGUAGAGAUACAUUCUAUAGUACGAUCUCUUGAAAAUGACCUCAGUCUUUGUUUGAGAGAUGACUACAAACAGCAAAGUAUUCUAAAUGUUAAACAUUACAGCGAUAUUGUUUACACCCUUGCAGCUGAUUUUCAUAACAAUAUUAACACGAUCGCAUUAGAAAAUAACAAGAAUAAUAAAGAAAUACUCAAUGAAAUUACUCGCUUUAAUGCCAGACAAAUGCAAUUCAACAUGUCCCUAAUGUCUUGGUUGCAAACAUCCCAGAGAGUUAAAGAGCUAAACAACGCAGAUUUGGUAAAUCUCGUUAAAUCAAGCAGACAAUUUUAUGCUUUAGCUAUUGAACAACUUUAUAAUACUAUAGAUUUAUCGAUAUAUGAAGACAGUCGUUUAGUCCAUGCCAUUAUCAAUCUCAUUUACUCUUUAAACCAAUCAUCUAAUAAUUCACGACAUAUACGCAAAUUAAAACUCAAUUAUUCUUCUCUCAACUACCAAAUUAUACGUAAAAAUCUACUACAAAAUCUCUUGGAAUUGAUACCAGCUACUACGUACACAUCUGAUGGUCGAAAAAGACGAUUCGUAUUGAAAAUUAUCAAUACAGAACCUGAGGAUAUACUCCAUACGGAUAGGAUUGCAAACUUACUAACUCAGAUACCUCAACUUGAGACUUUAGUGAUGGUCAUGAAAUCUUCUUCUAAAACAUUAACAGUCAAACGCGAUCAAUCUAGUCAAAUUGAAGAAUUUUAUGAGUUCGUAAGGCGGAGUGAUGAAAGUACAUGA